AUGGCAGUCCUGUAAGACUGUGUCACAAGCAGAGGAUAUGGACCGACAUACUCCUUUGCAUCCGUUACCUGAAGAAAUACAAAAGAGCCACUGUAACUAGGAUCAGACUUCAUGAAGGAAAAAAAGGAGGAUUAGGAUAAAUAAAGGCUGGUGUAGCAACCCUGGAGCCAGCUUUUCAGCAGCAUUAUCAAAGUGUGGUUUAAAAGGCAUAACGUUUAGAUGUCCCGGGAUCAGACAGUGUGUAAAUAUUGUGGAGUGAGUUAUUUGAUUCUUCAUGAAUUUACAGUGCUGGAAGAGAAAGUAAAAGCAUUGGAAGAGAAGGUGAAGUUUUAUGAAGGAAGCAUUGAAAGGGAGAAAGCACUGCAAGAAAAACUUCAGCACCUAAGUCGAGAAUUGGAACAGUGCACAGCAGCUAGUGAAUCAAAAACAGAAAGAAUAAAAACCUUAUCGCUCGAGACUGAAAGUAAGCAAGCUGCAAUACAAAAUCUAAAAGAACAGUUGAAAUGUCUCCAGAAAGAGAAGGAAAUUUCACACAAACAGUCCCAGCUCUUACAGAAAAGAUUAGAACAACAUUCGUUCUUCUUGAAGAAAGUGUUUGAUAUUCUUCGUUUUGUCAGAAAAGAGCAAAAUGGCAUUAAAGAAAGGAUAUUUGGCUUUUUCAAACAAUGGAUUGCCCUGAAAGGAGAUAUUUGUUCACAACUAGAAAACAUUAAUAUAUCAGGAUUGGCAGAAUUAAACAGUAUGAACCAAAGCUUAGGUGAAUGCCGACAGCAAAAUAUGGUUCUGCAAGAGGAAGUACAACGAUUAAGACUGAUGUCAGAUGCAGCUGAACUGGAAGCCCAGAAACUUGAGUCUUCUCUGUUACGAGAGAGAGACUUACAAAACAGAUUCCAUGAAUUACAAAAGAAAACAAAAGAUUUAACAAGUCAAGUAGAGACAAUGGAACUCAAGUUCCAGAAAUCUGCUGCUGAAAUGAGCCAUUAUAAAGAACUAUCCAUGAAAAAGACAAAAGAAGUUGAAAACCAUCAAAGCGAACUCCAAAAAUUGUCAUCUGAAAUUGGAAAAGCUGAAUCCAGGUUUAAUCAUGCUCUGACGGAACGAGAACAAUCUUUGCAUGCCUGCCAACAAGUAUGCCGACGUUUACAGGAAGAAGUAAUUGAGAAAGAGAGGAAAGAAGAAGAUCUUAAAAAACAAGCCCAGUAUUUGGAGAGUGAACUGGAAACAAUUAAGAGUCUUCUCAAGCAGCGAGAGGAAGAAGUGGUAAUGCUUAAGCAAGAAAGGGAGUCUGUGCUGAUUUCACAUCAGAGCAGAUUGGAGCAGCUGCAGGAAACAUUAAGGCAGAAGGUGCUGAAUGAAAAGAGCUGGCAGGAAAAGGUCGAAGCUGAGAGGGCACAAGAACAAGCCUAUCAAAAAGAACAAAUUCAGAGACUCAAAGAAGAGGCCAGAAUUGAAUUAGACAUUGAGAAACAAAAGCAUCAGGAAUUAAUUGUGAAAUAUCAGAAAGAUCAGGAUGAGCUGUUACACACAAAGAUACCUCUGCUGAUAUCCAGUGCUACCCAUAGCCUGAAGACGGAAAUUGAGGCACUUGAAGAGAAGCUCCAGGUAGCCCAAACCAAGCUUACAGAGAAGAAUGAAAAAAGAGAACAAAAAUGGCAAAGUGUUAAAAACCAAGUUGCGGAGCUUGAAAUACAGUUGAAAGAAGAACAGAACACACACCAUUCAAUAACAGAAGAAAUGAGACAAGAAAUAAAAAAGAAGUCUUAUGAGCUGGACAGACUGACUGAUGAACAAACACAGUUGAUUCAGAACUUGAAUCAAGUUCAAGAGGAGAAUGCUCUUCUCCAGGACACAGUGCGCAGGGAGUGUGAGGAACGCUAUGAGCUCACUGAAGCUUUAGCUCAAGCCAGAGAACAAGUUGUGGAGCUAAAAAAACUCAGUGGAAACUUCCCGUUGUCACACUGUUCUCUUAGUCAGGGCAGCCUAACCUCUUCCACCCCGUCGGUCAGCAAUCAUGGGCAGAAAAGCCCAAGCUGUGGGAAAGGAAUAACACACUCAGGCCUUUGUAGGAUUUCAAGAGCCACUAAAGCACCGAUUUGCAGUAAGUUCAAAAGCAGCAUGGACACAAGCUUACCUGCUUUGCCAGCUCUACAAUCCCCAGGUGGUCGAGUGGCUUCCCUAGAUGAAUCCAGAAGGAAGAGGAUCACCGCGGUUAUAAAAAGACAGCUGAGUGAACUGUGAUGAGUGAAGGGCCACAUUCUUUUGAUAAACGAGGGUAGCCAAAGAAAACCAUUGGCACAAGUCAAACGUUAGCCAAUAUUAUUUUCUGCCAAGCCACAGUUUUAUAGAAGUAACAUCAAAUUAUGCUUAAAAGUCAUUUUAUAAAAGAACACUCAAAUGUUUAUGUUCCAGAAUGUAAUCAUGAAUCAGCAUUUUCCUCAAUAAAUGUUGGUGAUUUAGGUCUA